AUGGAAUCUCCUUGGGAUGAUAACCCAAGCUCAGACACAACGCGGGACACCGAGUGGACCAAGAUCUCUUCCGAGUUUACCAACGCCGGUUACCGCGAAGGCAUCACGGCGGGGAAAGAGGCUGCUCUACAAGAAGGAUUUGAUGCUGGCUUCGCUAAUGUCGGCGCACCUCUUGGUCGAGAGCUCGGGAUCCUUCGAGGCUUCGCGUCUGCUUUGCUAAGCUACAUCCCGACCUUGUCUCAACCCGGCGCGAUAGAUCCAAACGUUGAUCUCGAACAGAUGCUUUCAUCGGCCAGACAUAUUGCAUCGAGCUUGAGCAAAGUGCGAUUUACAGAUAUUGCCCCGAGGGAUCUAGAGGCCGAGGAACAUGCAAGAGAGCAUCUCGAUGCAGAAGGUAUUGAUAUGGAGCAGAAUCCUGAUUUAGAGGAGAAGCGGACCAUGGAGGGGCUGGAAGAUUUACUCUCUUCAAUGACUACAUCAGGAAGCCCGAGUCAAGCUGGCCCCAAGCGGCCCACUAUUGAAGACGUGCGGUCCUUGGAAGAACAACUACAAACCAUAGCACACUAUGUACAACUUGAUAUACCGAACGACCUGAAUUGA